GUUAAAAAUGGCUAGGACAGUGAUAAUGAUUCAAACCCACUCACUGAUUUCCAAAACUUACUGCUCUUAAACGUUAGGCAAUAUUGCCUAAUUUAGCUCUUUAUCUGGAGUGGUGAAUGUAAAAUCAUACAUAAUUACAUCCCCAGAAAGUAUGUUCAAUUCCAUCUUUAUAUCUUUUUAAAAAUUACUUUUGUAAGGCUAAAUUUAGAUGAGCUAACUCUUAGCAGUAUUUUGAUUAUGAAUACCAUAGAGAAUUUGACAGUGCUGCCGGACCCUUUGCCCAGGAAAAAAAGCACAUACCACACGUACAACAGUCUAGAUGGCUGUCAACUUUAAAUGUGUCUCCAUUGAGAGAUUAGACUCCUUCUCCAUCACAGGCUCACGUGGCCAGGUCAUCUCUCUUCAGCUAUUACCAGCAAGCCCUCCCAUUCUUUGAUUUUAUUUUCUACUGAGUGUGAAAAGUACCCUUUCCAUUACUACAUUCUGGCCUUAACAAAGGGAAAUGACUCACAGUGGACUUUCCACACUGUUGAGUACCUUUGUCUUCAACAGUAAUGUUAAAGAUGGUGUGGCCUUUGUACCCAUCAGCUCAGAGAUGUGGCAUGGCAUUGCUCCUUGCCAGUACAUUUUCCCUCCUGCUGAAAUAGUCCUUUUGACUUGCAUAUGAGAACAUAUAAUCAGCUCAGUCACUCAGUCAUGUCCGACUCUGUGGCCCCAUGGACAGCAGCACACCAGGCCUCCCUGUCCAUCGCCAGCUCCCAGAGUUUACUCAACUCAUGUCCAUUGUGUUGGUGAUGCCAUCCAAUCAUCUCAUCCUCUGUCAUCCCCUUCUCUUCCUGCCUUCAAUCUUUCCCAGCAUCAGGGUCUUUCACAUAAUAAUUCAUUUCUUCACAAUUCAUUUUCCUACGCAUAAUCAUUCAGAGAAUGGGGCUUGACCACAAGGCAUAAGAAAAAGACAGAGGAGAAGCCAGUUAUAAAAGGCAGUCUGGAGUUCCAUGGAGGUUAAGAGCCCAAGCUUUGGAAUAAAGUGGCUCAGUAAGACAGCUGUAGGUUCAAGUCUGUUCUGCCACUCACUUCCUGUGUGACCUUAAACAAUUUGUUUAACCUCUCCGACUUUCUUGAUCUGUGAAAUUGUCCAAUACUACACAUCUCUUGUGGUCCAAGUUAAUGCCAAGAUUAGAUGCUGAGAUCAGAUUAAGAAACAUGCAAAACUUUGGGCUCUCAUGGAGGCAGCUAGCGCGAGGCUGUGGAGUACCGAGCCAUGUGUCCUGCCCUGCACGGCACUGCCCAGACUGGCAAACAAUACAGUCAAGAUGGCUAUAAGUGAUCCCAAGAAACCAAAGGGCAAGAUGUGUGCUUAUGCCUUUUUUGUGCAGAUGUGCAGAGAGGAACAUAAGAAGAAAAACCCAGAAGUCCCUGUCAAUUCUGCUGAAUUUUCCAAGAAAUGCUCUGAGAGGUGGAAGACCAUGUCCAGGAAAGAGAAGUCUAAAUUCGAUGAAAUGGCAAAGGCGUAUAAAAUGCACUGUGAUCAGGAAAUGAAGGAUUACGGACCAGCUAGGGGAGGCAAGAAGAAGGACCCGAAGGGCCCCAAGAGACUACCGUCUGGAUUUCUCCUAUUCUGCUCUGAAUUCCACCCCAAGAUCAAGUCUGCACACCCUGGCAUCUCUAUCAGAGAUGUGGCAAAGAAGCUGGGCGAGAUGUGGAAUAAUUUAAGCGACAGUGAGAAGCAGCCAUACAUCAAUAAGGCAGCAAAGCUGAAGAAGUAUGAGAAGGAUGUUGCAGACCAUAAGUCGAGAGGGAAGUUUGAUGGCACCAAGGGUCCUGCUAAAGUUGCCGGGAAAAAGGUGGAAGAGGAAGACAAAGAGGAGGAGGAGGAAGAGGAGGGGAGGAGGAGGAUGAAUUAAAAAACUGUUGACCUGUCUCCUUGUGAAUACCUUAGGGUAGGGAGUGCCCUGACUGACACACCUCUCACCCGAGAUGUGUCUGUUGCCCUCAUUAGGUUUAAUUACCCAAUUGGAUCAUGAUCAUAUGGCAGUCUCUCAAAGCACUCCAGCAAUUGUCAGUGGUUUACAGGAAGUGGCCAUGGAAAACCGUAUCACCCGGAAACUGUAUCAAAGCUGUACAUAUUUCCAAACAUUUUUAAAACGAAAAGGGUCUUGUGUUCUCCUCACUCUGUGCACUUUGCUGUUGGUGUGACAAGGCUUUUAAAGAUGUUUCUGGCAUUUUUUAAAUCUGUAAGGUGGUGUGUUAAUUCUAUGGUCAUUGGCUAGAAGUCCCGAGUUCUCAACUGUACAUAUCUAUAGUUUGUAAAAAGAACAAAGCAACCGAGACACACUCUUGAUGCUCCUUGCUUGGCGUGGAGGCUGUGGGGGCGAUGCCUUCUGGAGGGGCCAUAGCUCGGGGCAUGUGCUGCGGGGCUGGGCCUGUGGACACGGCGGUGGGCAUCCAUUCAGCUUCGGGUUGUCUGUUGUUUGUAUAUAGCGACAUAGCAUCCCACUGCCAUUCUUAGCUGUGGCAAAGGGGGGAUGGGGUCAGCUGGCAUGAGAAGUGUACUGGAUCCUUUUUAGUUGAAGUGCGGUAGUUUUAAACUGUUUUGUUUUUUAAAAAACAAACCAUAGAACUCUUCCUUGUCAGCAAAGCCAAGAGCCACUGCACCAGUCAAAGUUCAAGAACCUUCUGCACUAAACACGAUCUGCAACGUUCUGUUUAUUUUUAUUUUUUUGGUAUGUUUAGAAUGCUGAAAUGUUUUUGAAGUUAAAUAAACAAUCAAUUCAGUUCAGUCACUGAGUUGUGUCUGACUCUUUGCAACCGCAUGAAUCACAGCAUGCCAGGCCUCCCUGUCCAUCACCAACUCCCAGAGUUUACUCAAACU